AUGUCAGCCGUGAUGCCCUGUGCUAUCGCAUACAGCCGUUCUACUGCUAAGACAGCUUGUCUAUCUGGCAAAGAUGCUACAUUUUCACCCACGCCUAUUCCUAAUGCAGUAUCAAACUCGAUUCACUAUGGCAGACGGACUGAUUCAAAAAGUCAAUACAUUGCCUGCUCCAAUCAUUGCAAUGCUACUGCUCCACGCAUUUCAACCGCAGUAAAACCCUUACCUGAAAUGGCCACAUCAAGCCAUUUCUCUGACGGGCUUGCUGCACCUCAGCCAGUUCGUAUGCGUAUUAGAGUUCGCUCUCCACACGGUCUUGCUCAUAUUAAUACAAACCUGCAUGACAUGCAUCCAAACUUUAUCCCUAAUACGAUCCAUACGUCACGAUCAGCACCCGUUAGUCAUCCUAACCGCAGUCUCAAGCAUACCAGGUCAUGGAAAUCCAAUAGCUCCUUCACUACUGACCAACCAAACAUUGCUGUCAAAGCCAUGCGACAAGUUAGCUUUGAAGAAGCAUUAUGUCGUGGAUUUCAAAGUGCUCCCCAGCUAACGCUUUUGAUAGCCAAUGGGUUGUCUGACUUUGCCGCAGAAACCCUCCAUAUCUCCUUCACACCAAUGGAGCUUCGAUGA